UCCAAUAUGCAUCUCAGAUCUGCACUGCGACUUCGGCAGCUUUUUCGAUCGAAUGGAGGAGUGUAUGUCAAACUAGGUCAGCAUAUUUCAGCUUUAGUCUAUCUGCUUCCCAAGGAAUAUACUGAAACCAUGAAGGAACUCCAGGACAAAUGUGACCCAUCAACAUGGAAAGAAGUUGAUGAUCUAUUACAAAGCGAGAUGGAUGAACAGACAAUGAGUAUCUUUGAUUCAAUUGAUCAUUCUCCAGUUGGCGUUGCCUCGUUGGCUCAAGUACAUCAAGCUACACUGCAACAAGAAGCACUUAUUCGAAAAGCUGCCAUCAAAGUUCAGCAUCCAUCGAUAGAGAAAUUCGCAGAGGUAGAUAUUCGUACUUGCAUAUUUGGAGUAACUGUAUUGGAGUAUUUCUUUCCACAAUUUCAACUCGGAUGGCUUGCCAGGGAACUUGAGCGGAGUCUGAAGCUUGAGCUUGAUUUUCGACUCGAAGCAAAUAAUUGCAAUCGAAUCCGAAACAUGUUUUUAAAUUCAGGACUGAUCAGCGUACCCAAAGUUAUAUGGGUUUCAAAACGAGUGCUUGUUAUGGAAUAUAUCGAUGGAGCUAAAAUCGACGAUAAAGAGUAUAUGAAGAAACACAAUAUUCAUCCCGAAGCAGUAACACAAGAUCUGUCUCGAGCCUUUUUUGAAAUGAUGUUUUAUCAUGGGUUUGUACAUUGUGACCCACAUCCUGGAAACGUGUUUAUUCGAGCUUGUAAAGAUCGAUUACCCUGGUACCGAUUUCUUGUUGGUAGUAAACCACGGAAUUACCAGAUUGUAUUGUUGGAUCAUGGAUUGUAUCAAUCAUUAAGCAAGCAGUUUCGACUGGACUAUGCACAUUUUUGGACAGCUUUGAUAAACGGGUGUGAAGCUGAUAUUGAAACGUAUUUUGAACGCCUAGUGAAUACAAACUUAUCCAGUAUUGAAGCCGAUCAACCCAAUCAACAAAAGCGUGCUUAUGGUCUUGCACGCUCAAGAUCGGUAUCGGAAAUCAAACAAAUACAACAUAAUGCACAAUCAGCACAUUUCCUGGCUAUAAUUACAGAUAUUCUUGGACAACUCUCACCACAGCUCUUGUUUGUACUCAAGACGCAGGAUAUUCUACGAUCUAUUGACAAGCGGCUAGAAGUUUCACAUGGAUCGCAUCAUGUUGCACGUAUGGUGGCUAUUGUUGGCGAAUACUGUGCUGAAGUAAUACGAAAUGAUGACAUUGAGCGAUUGAAAAGUACGCGG